GAAAUCUCGCGAUAGGAGACCGGCCGGGGCGGGGGUAGCACCUCUUCCCUCGUCCUCCCCUCCUCUCGUUAGUUCCGGUCGCAGAGGAGACACCGCUGCAGUUGCCGCCACCUCCGGGGUUUCUGGCUCUUUUCUCUUCGCCUUAAAUUCGGGUGUCUUUUAUGAAUAAUCAAAAGCAGCAAAAGCCAACGCUAUCAGGCCAGCGUUUUAAAACCAGAAAAAGAGAUGAAAAAGAGAGGUUUGACCCUACUCAGUUUCAAGACUGCAUUAUUCAAGGCUUAACUGAAACUGGUACUGAUUUGGAAGCAGUAGCAAAGUUUCUUGAUGCUUCUGGAGCAAAACUUGAUUACCGCCGAUAUGCAGAAACACUCUUUGACAUUCUGGUGGCCGGUGGAAUGCUGGCCCCAGGUGGUACACUGGCAGAUGACAUGAUGCGUACAGAUGUCUGUGUGUUCGCAGCACAAGAAGACCUAGAGACCAUGCAAGCAUUUGCUCAGGUUUUUAACAAGUUAAUCAGGCGCUACAAAUACCUGGAGAAAGGUUUUGAAGAUGAAGUUAAAAAGCUGCUGCUGUUCUUAAAGGGUUUUUCAGAGUCGGAGAGGAACAAGCUGGCUAUGUUGACUGGUGUUCUUCUGGCUAAUGGAACACUUAACGCAUCCAUUCUUAAUAGCCUUUAUAAUGAGAAUUUGGUUAAAGAAGGGGUUUCAGCAGCUUUUGCUGUAAAGCUCUUUAAAUCAUGGAUAAAUGAAAAAGAUAUCAACGCAGUAGCUGCAAGUCUUCGGAAAGUGAGCAUGGAUAACAGACUGAUGGAACUUUUUCCUGCCAAUAAACAAAGCGUUGAACACUUCACAAAGUAUUUUACUGAGGCAGGCUUGAAAGAACUUUCAGAGUAUGUUCGGAAUCAGCAAACCAUAGGAGCUCGUAAGGAACUCCAGAAAGAACUUCAAGAACAGAUGUCCCGUGGUGAUCCAUUUAAGGAUAUAAUUUUGUAUGUCAAGGAGGAGAUGAAAAAAAACAACAUCCCAGAACCAGUUGUCAUCGGAAUAAUAUGGUCCAGUGUAAUGAGCACUGUGGAAUGGAACAAAAAAGAGGAGCUUGUAGCAGAGCAAGCCAUCAAGCACUUGAAGCAAUACAGCCCUCUACUUGCUGCCUUUACAACUCAAGGUCAGUCUGAGCUGACUCUGUUACUGAAGAUUCAGGAGUACUGCUAUGACAACAUUCAUUUCAUGAAAGCCUUCCAGAAAAUAGUGGUGCUUUUUUAUAAAGCUGAAGUUCUGAGUGAAGAACCCAUUCUGAAGUGGUAUAAAGAUGCACAUGUUGCCAAGGGGAAAAGUGUCUUCCUUGAGCAAAUGAAAAAGUUUGUAGAGUGGCUCAAAAAUGCUGAAGAAGAAUCUGAGUCUGAAGCUGAAGAAGGUGACUGAAUUUGAAACUACACCCUCAGUAAAGCAAACAGGAAUUGUAGAUAAAAUGUCAUGUCUCAUGUGUCCUGGUUCUUACAUCUUCCUACCUCCCUAUAUCAAGCAUGAUAUAAGGGCUUUCAUGGCAAAUUUUAUUUUAACUGUUUCUAUGGUUACUGGAAAUGUUGGAUUUAGUUUCUAAAACCAUGUUUUAAGUAGCUACAGGAGCUAUAGAUUUGAAUCUAAUGUUGCAUUAGUCUUUUCAGUUAUCUUCUACCUCCUGUAUUUUCUACUGUAAUAAUGUAAUUUAAGGCCUUCCACAAUGAACAGUUCACUUUUUCCCUGGGUUUUCUAUAUAAACAGUUUUCAAGAUAUGAUUUGGUUAAAAAUAAUUUGUUGUAAAAAUUCUGUUUGCAAAUUAAACUGUAAAAGUAUCCAAA